GUAUACCAACAAGGAAAGGAAAUGAAACUUAAGAGAUGAAGUUAAUGAAGAUUACAGGUAAUACCCAAUUUAGUAGAGAGACACGGUACUGUAGUUGGUUGUCAGUAAUAAUUCUUGUAGCCUAUCAGGUGGCCUGAUCACAUAUGAAGCAACAAGAAGAGUUAUCAUUGGAGGGAUAUUCUCAUGUUUCUUCUUGGCAUGCCUGACGUCAAGCAGCUUGCAUAUCCUGUCUUCUUCUGUAUGGAAUCUCUUAGCUUUCUCCAAUGACCGGUAAAAGCAAACUUAGAGAUUGACAAUUGGCUCGUGUAAAGUUAAAGGAUGAUAAAAACCAUAGAAAGAAAGAUUGUUUUCCUUACAGGCUACGGCUUAAUAAUUUAUGACAAAAGGCCAAGCUGAAGCUGAUUGAAGCACAUGUAAAGGAGUAACGUAAUUCUACAGCCUAUAUUGUUUUAAAAAACUAGGUACCAAAGUUUUGGUUAAAACAAUUAUAUGCUAUCCCUUGUCACCUCCGCGUGUUGGGAACUUAGAAAUUAUAUAGGUUUAGAUUUAUAUGGGCACAAGAGAGAGAACUGAAACAAUCUUUAGUUAUGGAGAAACCGCUGCAGAAGCUUCUAAUACAACAUUUCAGUCAUGAACAUCUAUUAGAACGUAGACUGUUUCCACCUGAAGGAAACUGCAUCUGCUUUGGCUGCAAACUCCAGAUAUUGCCUGGCAAGCAUGGUUACCGGUGCAGAAAAUGCCCCUUUUAUCUUCACCAAGUGUGCUACAGCAUGCCUCAAAAGAUUCAGCAUCCAGUUGAUCCAAAUCAUCACCUCACCCUCCUUGCCAUGCCAUCAGACUUUGACAAGGCCAUUGACUGCAAGGCAUGUGAACAGACUAUCGCUGGAUUUUACUACAACUGUGCAACAUGUGGUACUUUCUACCAUAUGUUGUGCUUAGCAACUCCUCUAUCUGUUAAGCUUCCUGUCCAUCCUCACACACUCAAACUUGAAUUUUCCCCACCCUACAAGUUCCAGUGUGAUUUAUGUGACAUGCCCAGUCAUCGUGGCUGGCUUUAUCGAUGUGGCUUCUGUGAAUUUGAUGUCCACAUUUCUUGUGCCAUCAUGGAUUCACAAGCUAUGUUGCAAUUGCAGCCACAGACCAGAGUUUUAGAAAUCGAUGGAAGAACAGAUGCUGAUAGUAAGCGCCACGAAUUGAUGGCCUUAGUAUUGAAGGGGAUUGCAGGCUUGCAGGGUCAAGAAAAUUUUCCAAGUCAAUCAGAAUAUUAUCAACCAAGUCCACUGUCAGAGUAUGCUCCAACUCCAAGUUUUCAACUCAGCGAAGCAUGUUUCUCAAUAGAUAUUGAAAGAUCAUUUAUACAUGAUGGUCUGGAAAGCAAAGAAGCAGAUUUCCAUCUGGUGCAGCUUCAGGAAUCUAAAGAAACAAAGAAAAUUGGCUAUGUUGUUUUAACCAAAGGAGAUGUCCACGAUCCAAAGCAGCCUAAUCCAGUGGUUACUCCGGCUAAAAAUCCCUCAGAUGGUUCUCGUAUUGGAACUCCACAAAAAGGUCAAAAGCCAGCAAAUUCAUCUGCCAUUAGUUCUCAUGUUUGGGUGGAAUUAGGCCAAGAAAAUGCUAAAGCAAAUGCAUCAAAUGACAACGCAGGCCUUGUACAUCAGACCCAAGAACAAGGUCGUUGGUGCUCAUGCUGGUAAAAGCUCCUCAUAUUUCAGUAGUUUGUGAUGGGAAUGGGCAAAAUUAACCAAGAAGACCAUGUUCGA